ACUGUUCAGUACGUGACGUGUCCACUUAAGAUAAAUUGUCGCAAGGUUAAAUAUUGCUGCUAUCUUUCAACAGGCAGAGCAUAAUAUUUAUGGAACAUCUGGCAGGACAAGAUCAAUCGUCAAGAAAUUGACGAUGAUUCGCCAGUUUCCGAAGUGAGGGAAAAGCAUGGAGCGCUAGUAAGACUCAUUGAUACGUUUGCCAUUGAUUAUCGAAUUGCUUUGAGUUCCAUUUAUUGAUUAAUUGCCCGACAUAAUUUUGAUCUACGUAAAUCUUGACGUUUAUACGAAUGGUCGAAUAACAACUGGCUAUUGGGCUGAUAAGGUUCCAGUUGAGGCGUUGGUGUUCGAAGUGGUUUUAAAUCGUUCCUUGCGAAUCAAGAGCAUUAGAAGAAACAUGUUAAGAAAUUGUCGUUUCUUUCUCGUUCUAUCGACGAUCCUAAUUUUGUUGCAUCUUGGUAAGGCAGAUAUUAGGAAGGACUGUCGCAGAGAAUCGAAGGUUUCAUGGGCCGCAUUAAGACGGAUGAAAGCCGGAGACUUGGAACAGGAAGAUCAAAACUUAAAGUGCUACCUCAAGUGCUUCAUGAUGAGGCACGGUAUCUUAGAUAAGAACGCGGAGGUAGAUGUGCAAAGGGCGCUUCGACAUCUACCACGAAGCAUGCAAGACUCGUCUAAGAAAUUGUUUAACAAGUGUAAAUCUGUUCAGAGUGACGAUCCUUGCGACAAGGCUUACAAGAUGAUCAAAUGUUACGUAGGACAUCACCCAGAGAUUUUGCAGAGCGUACCUUUCCUCUAGAGCUCUCGUCAGGAGAGCCGCAGGGAGAUACUCGAGUAUUAAAAGAAAGAAGACGAUAUUACUCCGCUUUCGUGUAAUCAUUGUGCGAUGAGAGACAAAAGAACGAAAUAGUGCUGUAUGCAUGGUUCAACGUUAAAUAAAAUUGGAGAUGUAGCACGGGAUAAAUGGUGGGAAGAAAACGAUAGUCUUAAUUCCUCAACGUACGAUUUUUCUCAAUCUAAUCGGUUAAAGAUGCACUAUCCUCCUCAGCGUAAUUGUUUUUCGACUAUAUACGAAUGAUACAUAUACUUUUGUAAUUAUAUCGCUACAUCUUAUAUUUUUAACGCUCGAAUGCUAACGUUAGGGUAUGACCUUGAAUUUACUGUACCAACUUAGCUGCGGUGGAAACGUUAUUUAUUUUUGCUAUAUACGUGUAUGACCGUAAAGGGGUUAAUCGCGUACGCGAAUUCAGCUCCUUCAAUUCUUCGAAACUGUCAAAACUUCGAGAAAGUUUCGUCCCUUAAGGUAUUCAUCGGCUUAGCGGAUGAGGUUUAUUCCUUACAGGAACGCGGAAGGAAAAUCAUUCAGCGAACGUUCGAAACUUCCGACAAUGUAGCAUAUUCACCGAGAUAUUGGCGUCUGGCGGAAAUUAACUUCCCUCGACGAUGCUAUUUUUCUUACCUUUGCCUCUGUAAGUUUACAACCUCGUUUACGCGUCGAUGUCUCUUACGGGUCGGUAUUAACCUCUCUGUAAGCAACCAAAAUGCUGCGGUUAUUUACGAAUCUCAAAACAGCGGUUGAUUAGGUAAUAAUUAUGUCUAUGAUAAUACUCUUACUUCCAGCUUUAUCUGAUAUUGGUUGCCUAAGCCAAAACUCGACUCUGUAUCGUUGGUGUACCUCGUCUACAUCAGUUAUGACGUUAACAUCAUAAUUAACAUUUCACACAUACAGGAUGUUAAAAAAAGGAAGGGUUCGAUACUUAAAGGGCUUAUAUACUAUUAUAGGAUAAAGGAUAUACACUAUUAUAGGAUUAUUUAUUCAGAAAUAUUAGAAAUUAGGAUUUCCAAUGAUUUCUACCCUAUACGAUAAAUUUAUUGAUAGAUGGAUCUAUUUACAGUGAAUUAAACAGGAAACGAUGGUUGUUUAAAGUGAACUAAAUACAGUCAUGUGAUAUAACUAAGACAAUUAAAUUGAUAAUUCACUAAAUUGAUAACUCGACUAAUCUGAACGAGUCUCGAUAGAGCCAGCCAUUCAACGAGCAGAUGAAAGAUACCAUCGAAACUCGUUUCUCCCUAAGAGAAAAUUAUCGUUAAUAGGAUUUUCGGUAAUGUAGUCGACGGACGAAAGAAACACGGCUAGUUUGUUCGGGCCAGCAACGUGAAUGUACCUCUAACCGACUUCUGAAAACGUGGCUUAGGUCGCGUCUAUAUUCACCGUGGUGGAAGUAGGUCACACAGUUCUGCCCCAUCGGGGUAUUAAAACAAUCCCUAAGCUGUGCGCGCGGCCGGAAAAGGGCGCGGGGGCCAAGGGGUGGCGUGGAACGGUGGGCGUCAGCCACGGGAAGGGGUAAAUAACACACCGAGGGAGGCGGACAACACGCGUAGGAGAAAGAGCAAGGGUGACUCUAGUAGGAAAAAAAGAAGGUGGUGCUGCUGAACGGGGGUUAUAAGUGGCAAAAGUACUGCGAAAAGCGAAGGGGCUAAACAACCUCGAGGCAAACGACGAAAGAUAAUGAUGCACCAGUCGACGCGUCCUCCUGUUUCUUCGCUUCUAUUGGGCUUUUCAAUGCGACGAUUUGAAUGUUCCUUUCCGGAGGAUGCGUGUGUGUACAGUUACAGAACACACCCCUUAACAGUUCCCGGAAUUAUCUUUCCUUUAUUGUGGGGUCGUGAUUUUUAACACUUCGUCGAGUUGAGGUCUCCAACUUUGACAAAACAAUUUAUUUUUCGGCAAUUAAUGGAGGAAAAUAGAAGAGCGGUCGCUAUAAAAGGUAGAAAUAUCGAUUUUGUCGUAAGUGUUUAAAUUAAUCCUACUAUGGAUCUCGAAUCUUUAUGCUCCAAUCUUGC